CUCAUGGCAUGGGCCGGUGGUAAGAAGUCGCCGAAGUAUGCUGCUGUCGGGAGAGAGGAAAUGGAUGCAACUUCUAGGGAAGAAGCAAGUGCUAGCGCCAUCGAGCUCGUUGUGCCACCAGCUAGGAUUGGCAACGGAAUUAGCAGCGUCCCAGACUACGCACGUCGUGGACAAACUGGUAUAGCGCGAGGCGUUCAUCAGGCUGAUGAGGACAUUUCAGACGAGGACGACACAAAGCAAGAAGAUGAAGUUAGCGAAGGAGAGAGAGGACAGAACAAAGAGAAUCAUGAUGAAAGCGGCGGGGAAAGGCUUUCUGCUGAUGAUCCCCGAGUAGACUACGAGAAGCAAGGAGGACAGGAGAGCGACGUGGAAUCGCCAACGGGCUCAUCUUCGCCAGGGGGAAAAAACCAGAGCAACUUGGUUGGAAUGGGAAAAGUUUGUACCGAUACCUCCACUGAAGAUCAUGAACGCGACCUAGAUGAACUUGUGAUUACGCUCCCAGAAGCGAUUCGAACAGGGCUGUUUUGGUUCUUCGUCCAUGCGAUGGUUUUGCAAGCUGCAAUUUUGACUGCUUUGUGGUUCCACCUGGACAAUAUCUUGAAAGGUGUUCCGACCGACCUAGUUUUGACUGUCUACAUUAGCGCUGCAAUUUCUGCUGGACUCAGCAGUAUUUUAUGCGGCAUAGCUGCAGAUAAAAGUUGGUGCCGCUAUGAGAGCAUGGUCGCGGUGAUGUGUGUUUGUCUCACGCUUAUGUGUAUCUUCUACGGGCUCGGUUUGCGAUAUUUGAAGCUGGACGA